GACACGCACCGAUCUAGAGAGAGGAGCCAAUGCUGUUGUGCUUCGAGCCUUGUGUUGCGCAUCGGUUGUAGCGUCGUCGACGACCUAACAAGCUCGUUCUGUCGCAUCGGGAUUCAUUCCUCACGCGUGAUCCCGCCAGACGAAGGAACAGCAGGGGAAACACGAUGACCCUUCCAUCUCAUAGAAGAGAAUCAGAUCUGGAGAUCAAUGGGGCUUCGCAAGAUACAGUCGGCGCAAAGAAAACUGCAUGCAAGACGACGCAGCGGCAAAUAUUGCGAUCUGAAAUAGUUAGCACUUUUCUUCUCAAGGGAAAAAUUGAAGAACCGCGUCCGAGCAUUCACCGGAGCAUUCGUAGUUAUGAUUUCCCCCGUGCUCCUUGCCAUCGUGCUCAAGAAAGUCAGCUUGACUGGCACCGGCGGGAGGUAUCAGGGGAGGAUACGACUACGAGCGCUGGAAGCAUUCGUCGACCUCGUCCAAAGAAGGUUCGCCCACCUCGCAGCCGUGACUCUGCAGAUGGGCAUAAUGCCCUUCCUGUGCGUGAUGGUCGCGGAAGCGUGCGCCAGCUUGCCGCCGCUCAGCUACGUCGCCCCAAGGCUGGUGGCCGCGUGCAGAGUGCUGGUGUUCCUCUCCAACUUGCUGCUCAUGGCCCUGGGCUGCGGGAUCCUCCUCCUCUUCCACAGCAACGCCCUGCUAGUGCUCACUAUCUGCUCCGCCAUGGCGCUCGGUGUCGCUGCCGUGCAAAUUCGGUACCUCUGCCGCGGCGUCGCCGAUGCCGGGGCCGCCGACGACGCGGAGGCGGAGGAGUACCACAGCAAGCUGGAGCAGUUGCUUGAGCUGUCGGCCGGGAUGACCGUCAUGAUGUUCCUGGUGCUGGAAUUCGUGGCACUGGAGAGCCUGCUGAGGAACACUCGUCAGGGGCAGGCUGUCAAAAGAGGGCAGACGUUCCUCGGCGUCGCCUUGCUCGUCAGCUUCAUGGCCAGCACGCUGGGCGUCUCGCUCAUGAACGUAUGGACCACGCCCCACGUCAUCAGCGGCUGCGUCGUCUUGACCGCCGAGUUCAUGAGGGUCCUGAAUUUCUCCUUCCAUGCUCUGCCGAUCGCCGCGGUGGUGGUCUUGAUCACGCUGGAUGUGCUUCCGCACGCGUGGAAGCUGGCAGUGUGGCUGCCGUUCUUCCCUCUGGUCAUAGUGCUCCUGGUGCUGCUGGCGCGGUACAGCCGUGAGGCGAUGAAACAGCAGGAGCCAGCAGCAAGAGGAAGAGGGAAGCAAGGACCAGAAGCAACGGGCAGCAGCACAGCAUCGGAUCCAUCGUCAUCAGGUGAAAAGAAGCCUGAUGAUCCAAAGCCGGCCUCGUUGGAGUUGACCAAGGUGGCAUUCACGGGCUUCUUGGCCGUGGCAGUACCCAGCGUCACCAGUGCUUCUUUCUGCGUCCCGUCUGCAUUCUUUGUGUUAUUCAGUGCAGCGACCGUUCUCCUGGGCCUCUUGUGGAGGCUCCUCACGCACGAGGCGGAACCACCUUCGUGUGUCCUCCAAGCUGCCAAUCAUGCUUCCUUCUC